GCCCCGCGCUGCCAUUGGCUGUUGCUAUGGCAGCCGGCGUCUUCCCGCCUCGCCAUUGGCCAGUGCGCCUGCAUCCCGCGCCAGCAUCCUCCCCCGCGGUGGGCUCGCCGCCUGGCCGGGACGCAAAGCUUUGUCCGCCCCGAGCCGCCGGGGCGGGGACCCUAGGAGCAGCCCUCUGGGAGGAGGACCCCGGCCGAGCCCUGGAGGCCAAGCGCUGCAGGAGCUGAAGAUGACGAGCUCCGUGGCCCCGUAUGAGCAGCUGGUGCGGCAGGUGGAGGCUUUGAAGGCCGAGAACAGUCACUUGAGGCAGGAGCUGAGGGACAACUCCAGCCACCUGUGCAAGCUGGAGACGGAAACUUCAGGCAUGAAGGAAGUUCUCAAGCACCUGCAGGGCAAGCUGGAGCAGGAAGCCCGGGUGCUGGUGUCCUCGGGGCAGACAGAGGUGCUGGAGCAGCUGAAAGCCCUGCAGAUGGACAUCAGCAGCCUGUACAACCUCACGUUCCAGCCCCUGGCCCUGGAGCCGGAGCCGGCUGCCUGCACUGGCACCGUCACCGCCACCGCCACCGCCACCGCCGAGGGGAGCCCUGUGCACGGCUCUGCACCCUCCAAGGACAGCUUCGGGGAGCUGGGCCGGGCCACCAUCCGGCUGCUGGAGGAGCUGGACCAGGAGAGGUGCUUCCUGCUGAGCGAGAUGGAGAAGGAGGAGCAGGAGAAACUCUGGUACUACGCGCAGCUGCAGGGCCUGGCCAAGCGCCUAGACGAGCUGCCGCACGUGGAGACGUUCUCCAUGCAGAUGGACCUGAUCCGCCAGCAGCUGGAGUUCGAGGCACAGCACAUCCGCUCACUGAUGGAGGAGCGCUUCGGGACCUCGGACGAGAGGGUGCAGCGUGCCCAGAUGCGAGCUUCCCGCUUGGAGCAAAUCGACAAGGAGCUGCUGUCUGCGCAGGACCGGGUGCAGCAGACCGAGCCCCAGGCCCUACUGGCCGUGAAGCCCAUUCCCGUGGACGAGGAGCCGGAGCCUGAGGCCCCCACGCAACCUGAGGACGGCGCCCUUCAGCCGGGCAACAGCAAGGUCGAGGUGGUCUUCUGGCUCCUGUCUAUGCUGGCCACGCGCGACCAGGAGGACACAGCCCGCACACUGCUCGCCAUGUCCAGCUCUCCCGAGAGCUGCGUGGCCAUGCGGCGCUCCGGCUGCCUUCCCUUGCUGCUGCAGAUCCUGCAUGGCGCCGAGGCGGGCGUGGGGGGUGGCCCCGGGGCGCCGGGCGCCAAGGACGCGCGCAUGCGGGCCAACGCCGCGCUGCACAACAUCGUGUUCUCACAGCCCGAGCAGGGUCUGGCCCGCAAGGAGAUGCGGGUGCUGCACGUGCUGGAGCAGAUCCGGGCCUACUGCGAGACGUGCGGGGACUGGCUGCGGGCGCGGCCCGUCGUCCCCGACCAAGCCCCCGCGCCCAUCGAGCCCCAGAUCUGCCAGGCCACCUGCGCCGUCAUGAAGUUGUCCUUCGACGAGGAGUACCGGCGCGCCAUGAACGAGCUGGGCGGGCUGCAGGCCGUGGCGGAGCUGCUGCAGGUGGACUAUGAAAUGUACCGGAUGACGCGGGACCCGCUCAACCUGGCGCUGCGGCGCUAUGCGGGCAUGACUCUCACCAACCUCACCUUCGGGGACGUGGCCAACAAGGCCAUGCUGUGCGGGCGCCGCGGCUGCAUGGAGGCCAUCGUGGCGCAGCUGGGGUCCGAGAGUGAGGAGCUGCAGCAGGUGGUGUCCAGCAUCCUGCGGAACCUGUCCUGGCGCGCCGACAUCCACAGCAAGAAGGUGCUGCGGGAGGUGGGCAGCAUGGCGGCGCUGAUGGACUGCGCGCUGCGCGCCUCCAAGGAGUCCACCCUGAAGAGCGUGCUGAGCGCGCUGUGGAACCUGUCGGCGCACAGCACGGAGAACAAGGCGGCACUGUGCCAGGUGCAGGGCGCGCUGGGCUUUCUGGUGAGCACCCUCACCUACAAGUGCGCCAGCAACUCGCUGGCCAUCAUCGAGAGCGGCGGCGGCGUCCUGCGCAACGUGUCCAGCCUGGUGGCCACGCGGGAGGACUACAGGCAGGUCCUGCGGGACCACAACUGCCUGCAGACGCUGCUGCAGCACCUGACGUCGCACAGCCUGACCAUCGUGAGCAACGCAUGCGGCACGCUGUGGAACCUGUCUGCGCGCAGCGCGCGGGACCAGGAGCUGCUGUGGGAGCUGGGCGCGGUGGGCAUGCUGCGCAACCUGGUGCACUCCAAGCACAAGAUGAUCGCCAUGGGCAGCGCCGCGGCGCUCCGCAACCUGUUGGCGCACCGGCCCGCCAAGUACGCGGCCGCUGCCGCCGCCGUGUCGCCAGGCUCCUGCGCCCCCAGCCUGGUGGCCCGCAAGCAGCGCGCGCUGGAGGCCGAGCUGGACACGCGGGGGCUGGCGCAGGCCCUGGGCCGGCUGGACGCGCGCGGCCUGGCCGAGCCCGACGCCAAGAAGUCAGGGCCACCGCUGCGCCACCUGGACGCGCUGGCCCGCGACUACGCGUCCGACUCGGGCUGCUUCGACGACGAGGAUGCGCCCUCGCUGGCGGCCGCCGCAGAGCCCGCCAGCCCGGCCGUCCCGCCGCCGCCGCUCCUGCCGGGCGGCCCCCGGCCCCCGACAGCCCGCCGCGGGGCCCCCGACGCCGCCGAGCCGGGGCCGGCCGAUGCCGCCGUGGCCGCCCGCGCCAAGGCCAAACUGGCGCUGGCGGUGGCGCGCAUCGACCGGCUGGUGGAGGACAUCGCGGCGCUGCACACGUCGUCGGAGGACAGCUUAAGCCUGAGCUCAGGUGACCCCGGGCGGGAGGCAGCCCGAGAGGCGCGCGCCCAGUCCUGCUCGCCCUGCCGCGGCCGCGCGCCCCCGCUACUGCGGCUCCAGGCGGCGCACGCCAGCCUCUCCAAUGACAGCCUCAACAGCGGCAGCGCCAGCGCCAGCGACCCACCGCCCCGCCUGCUGGCCGCGCUGGCCGAGCGCCGGGAGGCGGCCCCGGGGGCGCAGGCACGGCCCAGCCGGCUGGACCUGAGCGCUAAGGGCGCCCUGGAUGCGCGCGUGCGUACCAUCAAGCUGUCGCCCACCUACCAGCACGUGCCCAUGGCGGACGGCGCGGCGCCCACUCAGCCUGGGGUGCGCAGGCAGGCAUGGCCGGCGGCCGAGGGUCCGAGCCGGGCGCGGGAGAAGGCGGCGGCCGGGGCCCUCGAGCUGUCCCGCUACAGUUCACUGUCCUCCCUGUCCUCUGCCGGCCGCCCGGGCCCCAGCGAGACCGGGGAUGUGGAGGACAGCGACUCAUCCCUGGAGAGGCUGGAGGAGGCGCGGCUGGAUGCCGCCUGGCACGGCCCGGGGCCCGCCCCCGCCGCCUCGCUGCCUGUGGCCAUCCCGGGGCCCCUGCAUGCCCGCGGCCCGGGGCCAGAGGACGCCACGCCGUCCAGCUCAUCGGAGAACUGCGUGCAGGAGACGCCACUGGUGCUGAGCCGCUGCAGCUCGGUGAGCUCGCUGGGCAGCUUCGAGAGCCCGUCCAUCGCCAGCUCGUUCGCCAGCGAGCCGUGCAGCGGGCUGGGCAGCGGCGCCGUCAGCCCCAGCGAGCUGCCCGACAGCCCGGGCCAGACCAUGCCGCCCAGCCGCAGCAAGACGCCCCCCGCCGCCGCCGCGCCCUUCAGCUUGCAGUGGGAGAGCUACGUGAAGCGCUUCCUGGACAUCGCCGACUGCCGCGAGCGCCGCCGCCUGCCCUCCGAGCUGGACGCGGGCAGCGUGCGCUUCACUCUGGAGCAGCCGGACGAGAACUUCUCCUGCGCCUCCAGCCUCAGCGCGCUGGCGCUGCACGAGCACUAUGUGCAGCAGGACGUGGAGCUGCGGCUGCUGCGGGGCGCCCCGGGUCCGCACCCGCACGCGCCCCGCCGCCGGGAGGAGGCCCCGGGCCGCCCUGCCGCGCCCCCGCCGGCCUUGGCCGCGCCCACUGAGCUGCAGCUGCUGAGGGACUGUCUGGGCGCCACGCCCGCGCGGCUGCGCAAAGUGGCCUCGGCGCUGGUGCCCGGGCGUGCGCGCGCGCUCCCGCUGCCCGUCUACAUGCUGGUGGCCGCGCCGCCCGGCGAGGACAACUUGGGCACCGAUUCUGCCGAGGGCGCCGCCUCGCUCAGCGACGAGACCCUGCGGGGCCCCAGGCCGGCGCCGAAAGCGGCCGCCUCCACCAAGCAGGCCUCCGGAAACCGGCACCGGGCGGGUGCCCGUGGCCAAGAGCCGCCGCACGGGACGGGCAGGGACCGCAAGGAGUUGGAGCUGCCCCUGGGCCCCGGCCCCAGCAGCGCCUCGGCUCCCCGGGCGCACGGGGAUGGGGGCGCGCAGCCGCUCUGCCUCACCACGCCCACAGAGGAGGCGGUGUACUGCUUCUACGACGACGACUCUGAGGACGAGCCCGCCAUCUCCGCCGCGCCCCCGCGCCGCGCGUCCGCCAUCCCACGCGCUGUCAAGCGGGACCGCGCGCAGCCCCCCGGGAGGGAGCCGCCCACUGCGCGCAGCCAGCCCAGCCUCAUCGAGGACGAGACGCCGCCCUGCUACUCGCUCAGCUCCUCCGCCAGCUCGCUCAGCGAGCCCGAGCCCCCACGCCGGCCCCGCGCCCGCCCGCCCGCCGCCCCUGCCGCAGAGGCCCGGGCGCCUGCCUCCCGCGCCCCGCCCGACCUGCCGCGGCGCUGUGCCGCCUCUGCCCUGCCCCGAAGGCGGAUGCCCGCAGCCGGCCCACGGCGCAGCAAGCCCCGUGCAGCCCGGCCCGAGGACGUGGCCGACGAGGCGGCGGGUUCGGACCGCGCGUCGGACCUGGACAGCGUGCAGUGGCGCGCCAUCCAGGAGGGCGCCAACUCCAUCGUCACCUGGCUGCACCAGGCGGCCGCCGCCACCCGCGAGGCCUCCUCCGAGUCCGACUCGCUGCGUUCCUCCGCCUCCGCGCUGUCCGCUGGCUCCACGCUGCAGGCCUCCCCGCACCACAAGGCGCACCGGCCGGACGCCCGGGCCGCGGCCGCCACGCAGCGCGCCGCCGGGGCUCCCAAGGGUGCAUCGGGGCUGCCCUCCGUCCGGCGCGGCCGGACCGUGAUCUACGUGCCCCGUCCGGUUGCUCCCAAGGCCGCGCCGGGCGCCCGCAGUGCACCAAGAAAGAGCACGCAGCCCGCCGCAACCCCCAAGGCCCCCGCGUCCUGGCAGCCACGCUCACGCAGCCUCCACCGGCCGGGCCUGACCACAGAGCCCGCGGCUCCCAGGCCUACGCAGCGCAGCGCCACGCCCCCCGCCCGCCUGGCCAAGACGCCAUCCUCCGGGUCCUCGCAGACCUCGCCCGCCGCCCGACCCCCACCGCCCGGCCCCCGCCGCCCGGCCCCCGCCCACCCAACGCCUGGCCCCGCGGCCUCACCCGUGCCACAGACCCCCGCGCGGGCACUGCUCGCCCGCCAGCACAAGACGCAGAAGUCGCCGGUGCGCAUCCCGUUCAUGGCGAGGCCGGCGGGCAGGGGGCCCCCGCCCCUGGCCAGGCCCAGCCCCGAACCCGGACCCCGGGGCCGACCAGGCCUGCUGCGCGGGGCGUCGGCGCGCUCCAGCGGCAGCGAGUCCUCGGAGCGCUCCGGCUUCCGACGGCAGCUCACCUUCAUCAAGGAGUCGCCGGGGCUGCCGCGUCGCCGCCACCCCGAGCAGGGGCCCACCGCCGCCGCGCCCGCCCCAGUCCCAGUCCCCGUCCACGCCUCACCUCGCCGGGGCCGGCCCGCGCUGCCCGCAGUCUUCCUCUGCUCUUCACGCUGCGACGAGCUGCGGGCGCCCCCCCGCCCCGGCUCGGCCCCCGCGCCCCGCCCCCGCCCCGGCCUCCGCGAGCGGCCGCCCCGCCGCCCCAGCUCCGAGAGCCCCUCCCGCCUGCCGCUGCGCACUGCGGCCCCGCGGCCCGACACGGUGCGGCGCUACGCGUCCCUACCGCACAUCAGCGUGGCCCGCCGGCCGGCCGCCCCCGCGGCCCCCGCCGCCGCAACCCCCGCGCGCCGCAGCAGCGACGGGGAGCCCUCGCCCGCCUCCACGUGGCGCCGCAUCCGCGACGAGGACGUGCCCCACAUCCUGCAGCGCACCCUGCCCGCCUGCGCCCUGCCGCUGCGCAGGACCAGCGACGCCGUGGUGCAGACCGAGGACCCGGCGGCCAGGGCGCACGCCGGCCCGGCCCCGAGCCCCGAGAGCCGCGUGCCCGUCGCCCCCGCGCCCGUCAAGCCGCCCGCUGACGGCCCCGGCUUCCCCGCCAGCCGCCAUGGCUCCCCCAGCCGCUCGGCGCGCGUCUCGCCCUUCAACUACGUGCCCAGCCCCAUGGCGGCGGCCGGCGCUGACCCCGCCGCCCAGAAACUGCCCGCCGGCCUCCCGGAGUAGCGGGGCUGCACACAACCUCUCCCGCUGGGAGGACC